ACAAUAUUUGUCAUUUUGCCAGCAACUAGCGGUUCUUGUGAAUGUGAAUUGGAUAGAAAACAACGGAUUUUCAAUUUAGACAACGAUUUUCUAAUUAUUAUUUCCAAAGCUAUAACAUAAGGUGGCCUCAAAGUUAAAAUUUGCAUUUUUUGUAUAUAAAACAGUGCAAAAUAAUGAGUCCUAGGAAGAAACGGCCUAAACUGUCUCCAAAUAAUAAAAAAAGUUUAAAGCGGGAAAAUGGUCCCGAUGAGUCGUCCCGCAAACGUGCCAAAGCUGUGAAGAACGCAGACGUGGAACUCCAAACCAAGAAAAAGAAGAACUUCAUCCAGGCUUGCAGACAGGUUUCAUGUAGCGCCUAUUUUGAUCAUCGUGCAAGACUAUUGUUGUUGUAUCUGCCAUCAUGUACCAAAAAAAGUGUUUGCAAACACCAUGACAAGAACGGUAAAGAGAUCAAGCAAAUGCCAUCAUAUGCACAGGAAUCAUUCUCAAUAGAAAUUAAGAGUAAAAUUUGGUAUGAAGCUUUAGAAGUUUGCCAAUUUUGCAUAACACCUGUUCAAUAUUUAUCCUCUAAUGUACUCAAAGAUGUUGUGGAGAUCAUUUUGAAUGCCCAUGAAGAUGAAUAUGCAGACUAUUCAGUGUCUCAGAUUAUAAACAAAAGCCAACAGAUCCUGGCUCUCAACUUUAGCACACACCCACCAUGCCUUGUCAAAGACUUAAGAACCUGCUAUAUAGACUUCCUAACUUCCCCUAUGGAAUUAAAAGAGGACACAUUCACAAACAGAGUUGAGUUUGAACACAGAAAAGGAAUAGUAAAGUACUGCAUGAAUAGAGUUGAGUAUGAAAUGAGUGCCAGCAGCCAAGAUGGCCCUUUAGUGGACAAAGAGGAGAAUACGCCAGAAGAUAUGAAACAAAGCCUAAGAGGCACACAUUUUCAGAAAGAGAAAUUCGAAAUAUUUGAACUUCUAGAUAGGCCAAACAGGAUAGAACGCUUGUUUAUAGUUCUAGAGAGUGUUGUAGAAUUAUUGCAGUUUGAUUUGGCUAUUUGGCUAUUAAGGCACUCCAACAAUAUAACACGUCACAUUAUGAGGUCAACCAAACCUUUAAUGGCAGUUGUUCUGUGGUCAGACAACGUACUGUACACUGGUGCUGUCACCGCCAACUCCAGGCAAAUAAUGAGAAUUUUUGCACAUGUAAUUCAUCUGCAGUACCCAGAUUCUAUGCAAAGAACUAUGAUAAUAUGGCUGAACACAAUGGUCCAGACAUAUUAUCUAUGUGAGAGUUAUGCAAACGUUGACUAUCCAAAUACUGCCAAAUUCUGCACUACAUUUGCAAAUGAAUUCUAUAAACUAAUCUCAGGUAUGCCACAUGAUUCUAUUGUCAGGAUUUUGGAAAAAAUUGAACCAACAUUUAUGAGGCACAUGAUGGGCAUGUUACACAUAAAAAAACUGCUUGGAAUAAAUAGUGAUUGCAUUAUUAGUACUUUAAUAAACUUCUUCAAAGAAGCACAGUGGCAGAAUUAUCCACCAGAAGAUUCUGAAAUUAAAAUCUGUCCAAAGUUAUUUGAGAAACCUAAAAAGGUUAAGAAAAUGAUACAAUAUUUGCUAAAACAAUGUGAGAAGUGGUCUCUUGAAGAUGAGCCUGAGGAGAAUAAUGUUAAAUAUGAUAAACUUGACAAUAAGGCUCUUAAACUUGAAACAGAAUGUAGCUUGAACAAUGUUGUUCAUACUCUGUUUAUAACAUUAGAAGCAUAUUUGGACACAUACAAUGUGCAAGAUGUGCAGGAAACAUGGAACAAAUUAAAUGAGCAUCCAGAAGAUGGUGAAAAUAAAUCACAAACUUUACUUGAACAGGGUUAUGUUGUAACAGAAGAUUUUAUUAAAAAAUACAAGCACAUUAUGAAAACAAGCCAAGAAUUACGAAUUGUUUAUCAUAAUCUUAGGAAUAGUGGAGACAUGCCGGAUAUUUUGGAAGUUUUUAAAACUAUUAGCCUUUUAGAACCAUAAGCUCUUGAUGCCCUGGCAACACUGCAGGAUGAAAGGAAAGGCUGGAAGGAAAGAAUUAUGGGACCAAAUCUUAGAAUGUGAAAUAAGAGUUUUGAUUCCUGUGCCAUAAAUUGUUUUUUUUUUUUUAUUUUAUUAUGUGUACUGCAGCAAUUUUAAACCAAGAAUAGCCAACUUAAAGGUACUUGAGCAAAGUAUUUGUUUCUGUACACAUUUUUUAUAACUUAUUAUUAGUUACUAAGUGUUUUUGAUUAUGCUUAUGUUCUUCUUACUUCUGAUCCCACCAAUAAGUGAUUAAUAUAUUAAGGCAGCAAACUUGAAAUUUGUUACCUUAUAUUAACUACCUAUAUUUUUAUUACAAUUACAGAAACUGGUAUUUCUUAUAAUAAUUUUAAGGAACAAUGAAUAAAACUAUAAUAUUACUACACUA